AUGCCUGGGCUUCUUCUAACACCAGAGACCGAGUUCAAGAAGAUCCAAAUCAAGAAGCUGCACCCAACAUUCGCGGCUGAGAUUGAAGGCGUUGAUUUCUCCAAGCCGAUUCCGGAUGAUGUGUUCAGGGAGAUUCUCGCCGCAUCUGCAAAAUAUGGCGUGAUUGUGUUCCGUAAGACUGGGCUCGACGACACAGGGCACGUUGAAUUUUCUCGCCGAUUCGGCGACUUGGAUGACAUCAGACCGUACAUGACCAACGGGAGGAAGCCACGAUAUGAGUACUAUGAGCUUUUUGAUGCUGGUAAUAUCGACCCCGAUACGAACACUGUUCUGUCGCCAGAUAGUCCCCGUGCCCAAUACAACAAGGGCAACGCCCUGUACCACGUCGACUCGUCAUUUAACCCACGAAGGGCAUCGUACUCGAUUCUGAAGGCGCACGAGCUCCCACCGCCCAACACUGGUGGCAAUACCGGGUUUGCUGACACGAGGGCGGCAUUUGAUGAAUUGGACCCGGAGCUGAAGGCUGAGCUCUUGGAAAAGAACUAUAUUGGGGCCCAUUCCCUCUAUUCAUCGCGCAAGAAGGCAGCACCAGAUUAUUUCAAAGAUGUCGACGUGACCAAGUUUCCGAUGCACAAACAUUGCAUUGUGCAGAAGCAUGAACCUUCAGGUCGGAUGAAUUUAUAUAUUGCCGCCCAUAUGGACCAUGUCGUGGAUGUCCCUCCGGAAAAGUCGAAGGAGCUUAUGGACAAGCUUAUGGCGCAUGCGACACAGGACAAGUAUACCCUAAGCAUUCCAUGGAACGACCCUGGUGACUUGAUCAUCUGGGACAACACCUGUGUUAUGCAUCGAGCUGAGGGCGGAUCAUUCGCCGGAAAAUACCGAAGAGACCUGAGGAGGACCACGGUCCAUGAUGACAGCCCUCAGGCUUGGGGCCUCAACAGAGAAGGACAGGAUGAGAGACCGGGCUUCGUAUUGUAUAACUUAUGA